ACGAUAACCGCAAAAGUGCUCUCAUUUUGUUUCUUUUCGAGAAAGAGAGUGAAGUGUGAGUGAGUCUAGAGAGAGAGAGAGAGAUGGGGAAAUCUAGCUCCUGCUUCAGGCUCAUCACUUGCGGCGGUGACGCGGCGGAGAAGGAUGAUUACCAAGUGUCUGAGGUGAGGAUUUUGCUCCAGACAUCUGUAUAUUCAUCAUCUCUACUUUCUAGUUAGCUGUAAGAAGAAACUGAGGUGUAUCCUCUGAGUCUCUGGCUUUUGUACUCAUGUUGUUUCAAGUUUGUUUUUGACAUAUUUUUUAAUAUGAUUCAGAUCAUGGAUUCUAAUGAUAAACGUGGUUGGAGUUUCUACAAGAAAUCUGCAAAGCACCGUGUGCUUAGCAAUACAGUGAUAGCAGAGGCCCCAUUUUCUGCAAAUAAGGAGAGUUCAGAAUGUACCAAUUUUAAUUUUCAACCACUUCCUGAACCCAAUGUGAUUGAGAAGAUUUACACAACAGAUUUCUCUGAUGAGAAGCCCCAGUUAUCCUCCUUUGAAGGCUCACAAAUAUCAGAAACAAAAGUCAUUGCUACUGAGACUAAGGUGGAUGUGAAUCCACCAGAGUCUUCUGUCAUUGUCAUACAAUCUGCUAUCAGAGGGUUAUUGGCUCAGAGAAAACUGCUGCAGCUUAAGAAUGUGGUGAAGUUGCAAGCUGCUGUUCGUGGGCACUUGGUCAGGAGGCAUGCUGUUGGAACCCUGCGUUGUUUUCAAGCCAUCAUUAGAAUGCAGGCCCUUGUGCGAGCUCGUUAUGCUCAGCAGUCACAUCUGGAAAAUCAUUUAAAUCGCAAGGAUGGCAAAAAGGAUUCCUCAAAAGCUUUGGGGAAUGAAAAGCACAUGACCAAAUCGAAAGUGAAUUACACUUCCAUUGAGAAGCUGCAUAGCAAUAGGUUUGCUCAUCAGCUGUUGGAAUCAACACCAAAGAACAAACCUAUCCAUGUCAAGUGUGAUCCUUCUAAAGCUGAUUCUGCUUGGAAAUGGUUCGAAAGGUGGAUGUCUGUAUCAUCAGAAGAUACUGCAGAGCACAAAGAAACAAGUUCUCUGACAGAACAAUCAGGCGAAAGCAAAGAUAACUCUUCUGUGUUUCAAUUUGAAACAGGUGUUCAAUCUGAAGUUUUUCUCUGGUCAGCUGAUUCAAAGUCCACGGUUGGGGAUUCACUUCUCCCAUCUGAGGAUGAAGAAAAGCUAAUUAUUUAUGACACUAACAACUUCAAGUUUCAAGCAAGCUGCUCCACAUCAUGUAUUGUAAAAGAUGAUUCAGAACAAGUUCCUCCUGAAGAAACAAUUGAAAAUGAUGCUAAAGUUGCUUCAGGAGAGACUGAUUCCUUCCAGAAUGAAAAAUCAGGAUCAGAUGCAAGUGCACUGCCAGAGCUUAAUUCUCCUCAUAUGAAGCCUGAAAUUGCCCCACCACCUGUACUUAAUUCUCUUCAUCAGAGGCCUGAAAUUGAUUGUGAGCAGGGAAAACGAUCCAUGAAAAGACUUGCCUCAGACCAACUAGAGGCUGAAGGAAAGAAACUUGUAAAUGGAUCAAGAAAGGUCAGCAAUCCUGCAUUUAUUGCUGCACAGUCAAAAUUUGAAGAGCUGAGUUCAAUAGCAAAUUCAGGUAGGACAAGCACUUUGUCUUAUCAAGAUGCAGCAGUUGAAUCACAAGGAGGCACCCCUUCUGUCAGCAAUGAUACUGCAGAUAGAUCAAAGGAGUUCAAAUUUGAAAAUCCUGCUCCCUAUCUUUCAAGGUUUGGUGGUUCCGAAUGUGGCACUGAACUCUCUAUUUCUUCCACUCUUGAUUCACCUGACAUAUCAGAGGCUGGUGCUAUGGAAAAUGAGCGAGAUGCCAAAGAUUUAGUGGAAGGGAUUAGAAAUCUUGAGAACACAAUAAACCAUGAUGAUUCACCAAAUGCUUCAUGUGUCAUUCCAGCUUCUAACCCAGCUAUUUCUGUUUUGGAUCAGUCAGAGGUUGUUGUUGUUGAUGACAUUAGUGGCAAUGUGGGCCAAUCAAUGGUGGCCGAGGGCUCUGCAGAACCUGCUAUUAAGAAUGAGAAAAAAUUGUCUGACUUGCAGAGAGAGCAGGUAGAGGCUGUUCCGCAAGAUUUAAGAUCAUCUCCUGAAGCUUCACCUAGAAGCCAUUUAACUGUUCCAGAAUCACAAGGAACACCUUCAAGUCAAGUAUCUAUAAAACCUAAAGAAAGCAAAAUCGACAUGAACAGAUCCAGCAAAAAACGUGGUACCCUAUCAUUGGGUAACAAAUCACCCGCAAAUCCAAAUCAUGAAUCAGGGUCAAGGGGCAGUAGUGAACAACUGCCUAAAGAUCAGCAGAAUGGGAAGAGGCGCAAUUCUUUUGGCUCAGUAAAACCUGAUCACAUUGAUCAAGAACCUAGAGAUAAUAGUAGUAACAAUAAUUCUCUUCCCCAUUUCAUGCAAGCUACAGAAUCUGCUAGGGCCAAGAUCAAUGCGAAUAAUUCUCCAAGGUCAAGUCCAGAUGUGCAUGAACGAGACAUCCAAGUUAAGAAGAGACAUUCUUUACCUGGUGCCACUGGUAGGCAGGUUUCUCCACGCAUCCAACUAUCAAUGUCUCAGGCACAGCAGAGUGCAAAAGGAAACAAUGUACAUCCUCCUCAAGGUAAUUUCUAAUGUACAAGAAUCUUUUUGUUAUGAUUUGGACGAAUGGGUGUGGCAGCAUAAAUACCAUUUUUUCUAAUAUCUUUACAAUGUGGAGGACAUUUUCCACCAGCUUGUUUUUGGGUGUCAUUUUAUGAUCAUUAUCCAAGGUAAAAAAUAAUUUUGGAAAAGAAAUUUACUUGAGGCUCAAAUGCAGAGGUGGCAUAGGGUUAGGACUUAGGGUGAAGAUCUUGAGCAUAAUUUCCUUGUUGAUGAAAAAUUGCUGGAAACGUAUUCUGCAAUGAUAUUUUAUGUGUAAUUUUGUGAAUCUUGUGAACAUGAAUAUCUCCCAACUUGAUUUUAUCUUUCUUCUUAGGCUAGCAUCUUUGUCUCACCUCCUUGCUGUAAAUCAGAAUAGGGUAGGAUGUUGGCUACUGAACUCAAAGUAGUGGGGCACACUCAUGUAUGUCAUACUUUCUAAAAGCAAAAGCUAGAUUUUGUAGUGAAGGAAAAAAGCAAAUAACAGUUCUGCUUUAUGAGUUGUAUUACUUACCAGUUACCACUGAACUUGUGCUUCUUCCAGAGAGAAAAUGGCUAAGGUGAAUUGACAGCUGAAGUGUGUUGACAUGCGUCUACAGUUGUGGAAGAUCAGCCGUGGAAUGGCAAUUUAGAAUUUCGGUUUCAUUUGUCAAUUCUCUUUGAAGAACUGCAGCUCCGUUUUAUAAUUUUAUUUUUUCUUUCUAUAUUUCUUGACUUUCUCUGUAUUCUUUGCCUCCCUUCUCCGUAUUUGAAGGUGCCCAGUUUGGUUGUGACCGUAGGGUUCAUCUGGGAACAUGCAUAUGUAAAAGUGUGCGAGGCUUAUAUGUACAUUGUUGAUCUCUAUGUUACUAUUAUUGUCAUACCCAGUCGGGCACGCGCGAUCUGGAAGUUUCUGAGUUCAGACCUUAAUUGCUUAUGAGAUUGUUUAACGAUGGUUGAAAAUAUU